CCAGCAGCUCCAUGGGGGGAAAAAAAAAACCCGAGAGAGGAGCCGAAUAACGGUACACUCCAAUAUUUAUGAAGCCGACCUCCGUAUUUAACUGCACCGUAUCAGCGUCUCCUCUGGUGAUGAAUACGUGAACAGAAGGCUGGAGAAACGGACGCGGCGAGCAGCGUUUUGGGGGGCUGACGAAAACAAGCGGUCCACCAUUGUCUGCGUAGAAAUAAGAAUGGCCUGGAUGUGUAAGAGGAAGUCGGUGAUCGCCACCAGUCUCAUUGUGGCGGUGUCGCUCUUUGUGGUCGUGGUGAACUACUCGGAGAAGCCCUACUUUCUCCUGCAGCCCGUGUUCGGCCAGACCUUCAGCAGUCACUGGAUGUUCUCCAAGCAGCAGCCGUACAAGGCCUUCAAGCCUCACCAGGGCUACGUUAGCAUCCCCAAACAAGAGCCUCUGAAGCUGCAUUGUGAGAUCUGCAGCAUUGUGUCCAGCUCUGGUCAGAUGCUAGGCCAGGCUGCCGGCCCACAGAUCGACAGUUCUCCCUGCAUCUGGCGGAUGAACAACGCUCCAACACGGGGCUUUGAAGGUGACGUGGGCAAGCGGACCACGCUGAGAGUCGUCUCGCACACCAGCGUCCCCCUGCUGCUGCAGAAGCCCCAGUACUUCUUCGGCCAGGGCAACGAAACCGUCUACGUUGUUUGGGGACCGCUACGAAACAUGAGGAAGGAUGGAAAGGGAAUCGUUUACAACAUGCUGCGACAAGCGGCUGAAAACUACCCCCAUGCACAAAUCUACGUCACCACAGAGGACAGGAUGAACUACUGCGACAUGGUCUUCAAGAAGGAAACAGGGAAAGACAGGAUCCAGUCCGGCUCCUACCUCAGCACCGGCUGGUUCACACUCAUCCUCGCCAUGGACAUGUGCAAAGAGAUCCAUAUCUACGGCAUGAUAAAUGACACCUACUGCAAGACGGAGGGUUACAGAAAGGUUCCGUACCACUACUACGAGGCGGGCAGCCGGGAUGAGUGUGCAGAGUAUCUGCUCCAUGAGAGCGCCCCCUACGGCGGGCACCGCUUCAUCACCGAGAAGUCUGUUUUCGCAAAAUGGGCCAAAAAUCAUGCCAUCAAGUUCUUCAACCCUCCCUGGACGCUGUCGUGACCCUGGCUGAACCACCAUGGAAAUACAACAAGACCGUUAUCAUUACCAUCACCGUCAUUAUUCUGGAAUACUCUGAAUAUUAACACUGACAGAAACGUUCCCUAACGCACAGGGUGGUUGAGUUUUUUUUUUUGUAGAGUCCUGGAUGGCUGAUAACCAGGAAAUGUUGUUUUGUUUUGGACACUGGCCACUCAAUCAGACUUUUAAAAUAGAAGAAAAAAAAUAUCUCCUGCUUCUUGGAAAUUAGGACUUUUUCCUCUUCAAUUUGAGAGCAGGAGAGAGAGCGCACAGCACGCCACCCUUCAUUGACGAAUCGAUCCAUCGCUGCUCUGUGAGUUUAGCAAAGAGCGGCUUGAAGAAUAACUUUUACAAAUAAAAAAA